GGGCGCGCGCGGGCACGCGCUCUGGAGCAGGGGUGCGCGCUCGAGGUGUCGGUGGCGCGGAGAGCCCAGUCGCGGAGUGAUCGAGAUUAACGGGCAGCGGAGAGGGGGGGGCUUUUCCCUUAUAGCGAAUGCACAUCGCUAAUUGUAGCUAAGCGGUGCGACACGGAAAUAAUCCCGGGUUUUUAAUUUUUUAUUCGUUUUCAUUUUUAUUUCCCAAAUUUAAAUCUUCUUUACCGGUUACCCCGCUUUCCCCCCUCCUCCUCUACCCCCCUCAGGCUGCACCACAACAGGCAACAAUCAGACCAAUGGCAAACCGAUGGCAGGCAAUGCAAACUAGCUUAGCCGGAGAAAGCUAACCAGCGAAGGAACAGCCUGAAGAUCUGUCUGUGGAGAAGAAACGAAGACCACCACCAAAAUAAAACCUUCACAGACCGAAAGACAGCACAGCUGUCCCAGUCAAUUUACAUUUAUCUCAGAUUUUUUUGGCGGGGGGAUAAAAGAAAAAAAAAGGCAGCGGCUAGCAAAGAAACCCGGGGACUAUCUGUCUGUUAUUUCGGACUUGAGCUUUUUUACCUCAGCGACCGCAGCAGCGGGACCGCAGCCCGAGCCGAGGACCCGAACACAGGAUCUUCUUUCAUACAGAAAAGCAUCGUUUGGGGUUUCUUUUUGUAAUUAUUAUCUUUAAACCAAGAAAACUGAUAACGAGUCGCACCCGUCAGAAGGGUGUCGGUAUCGGGGGGGAGGGGGGUCAAGAUUUUUCGGCCGGUUUUCCGCGGGGUUUCUGUGGAGGUUUAGGACGGAGGCGAGCAGAUCGAACGCCGCUGCUAAUGGCUGCUGCUGCUGCUGCUGCCGCUUCGGGAACCUGGGAACGAACCGCCGCCGCCGCCUGAGGUUCAGGAUGUAUGCCCCCCUCCUCGUCCCUGUGUUUCUCCCCCGCUGAGCGAAACAUGUCGAGCCAGCACACUCAUCCUGGAUUAAGCAACAUCCAGUCCAUGGCAGAACAGCAGCAGGUGCUGUCUGAUAUGACCAUUCUGCAGAGGAGGAUCCCCCCGAGUUUCAGAGACCCCGCGAGUGCGCCGCUCAGAAAACUCUCCGUCGAUCUCAUCAAGACCUACAAGCACAUCAAUGAGGUGUACUACACUAAAAAGAAGCGACGUGCGCAGCAGGUUCCGCCCGAGGACUCGAGCACCAAGAAAGAGCGGAAAGUUUACAACGACGGCUACGACGACGACAACUACGACUACAUCGUGAAGAACGGGGAGAAGUGGCUCGACCGCUACGAAAUCGACUCGCUCAUCGGCAAGGGCUCCUUCGGACAGGUGGUGAAGGCGUACGAUCACCACGAGCAGGAGUGGGUGGCCAUCAAGAUCAUCAAGAAUAAGAAAGCCUUCCUGAACCAGGCGCAAAUCGAGCUCCGGCUCCUCGAGCUCAUGAACAAACACGACACCGAGAUGAAGUACUAUAUAGUCCACCUGAAGCGCCACUUCAUGUUCCGUAAUCACCUGUGUUUGGUGUUUGAGCUGCUCUCCUAUAACCUGUACGAUCUGCUGCGUAACACUAAUUUCCGGGGCGUGUCGCUCAACCUGACGCGGAAGUUCGCUCAGCAGCUUUGCACGGCGCUGCUCUUCCUGGCCACGCCCGAGCUCAGCAUCAUCCACUGCGACCUGAAGCCCGAGAACAUCCUGCUGUGUAACCCCAAACGCAGCGCCAUCAAGAUCGUCGACUUUGGCAGCUCCUGUCAGCUCGGGCAGAGGAUCUAUCAGUACAUACAGAGUCGGUUCUACCGUUCUCCAGAGGUGUUGUUAGGAAUGCCGUAUGAUCUGGCCAUCGACAUGUGGAGUCUCGGCUGCAUCUUGGUGGAGAUGCACACGGGGGAGCCACUGUUCAGCGGCUCUAAUGAGGUGGAUCAGAUGAAUAAGAUUGUGGAGGUGCUGGGCGUUCCUCCGAACCACAUGCUGGAUCAGGCACCUAAAGCACGCAAAUACUUCGAUAAGCUCUCAGACGGCCUGUGGACCGUGAAGAAGAACAAGGACAUAAAGAAGGUACUUUAUCCUUCAGCCUCCGAGUAUAAACCUCCCGCAACCCGGCGUCUCCAUGAGAUUUUAGGGGUGGAGACCGGGGGUCCCGGGGGAAGGCGGGCUGGGGAGCAAGGCCACGCCCCUUGCGAUUACCUGAAGUUUAAGGACCUGAUCCUGCGCAUGCUGGACUACGACCCCAAAACGCGCAUCACGCCGUUCUACGCCCUGCAGCACAACUUCUUCAAAAAGACCACAGACGAGGGAACAAACACCAGCAGCUCCACCUCCACCAGCCCGGCCAUGGACCACAGCCACUCCACCUCCACCACCAGCUCCGUGUCCAGCUCUGGUGGAUCCAGCGGUUCUUCCAAUGACAACCGAAACUAUCGGUACAGCAACCGAUACUACAACAGCGCCGUCACACACACGGACUACGAGAUGCAGAGCCCGCAGGCUCCGUCUCAGCAGCAGUUGCGUAUCUG